UUUUUUUUUUCUUGUUUUUAUUUACUUCAUGUUCCUGAAACCUCCCCAAAACACAUCCUUUGUAUCCUCUUUCUCUCGUUCUCACUGCCAUAAAUUCCCCCUGCAAUUUGCAAAUGUCUCUCUCAAAUUGACACUCAUUUUACCUGGAAAUUCCACACUUUCCUCAUCAGACCCAGUAACCAACCCUGAGAACAAUCCCCUCCAUUUCAUUUCCUUCUUCAGAAGGAUUCUUCCAUGAUUUCUGAUUCAAUCCAUUUUUCACACUGCAAUUUUCUAGGAGAAUUCGCAUAACCCCACUACCAGAAAACUCCAAAAAUUAAAACUUUUUAAGGUUUUCAGUUAACCCUUUUGUUAUUGAGUUUGUAAGCGAGCCAUGCCUGAGGUUUUGGAUAUAAGCUCCGACGAAGAAGAGGGUUUGGAGGAGAGUCUCACUGUAACAGACUUCAGUUGGAUAAGAGAGAUGUUGCAAACUUCCGAUGAAGAAUCCGAUGAUUCAGUCGAGGUUGUCGUAAUCCACGAGAACAGGCCUCAGAUGAAGUCAAAGUCUUCAACUUUGACUGUGAAAGAUGUGGGCGAUGAUGAUGACGAUGACGAUGAUUGCGUGAUUUUGGAGGGUGACCCUGAAAACAGUGUCGCAUCAGUGGAAGAGGAAGCAAAUGGAUCAGAUGAGUUGCUAGUAAUUGGGGAAAAGGGUCAGAUUGCAUGCCGAGACUAUCCUCACGCGCGACAUCUUUGUGGUAAAUUUCCAUUCUCUUCCACACCCCACAAGCAGCACUGUAGCCAGUGCCAUUGUUAUGUAUGUGACUCCCUAGCACCAUGUCUCAAGUGGGGCACUGGCAUUUCGAGUUCUGAUCAUUGUCACGCAAAUGAAACUGAGGUGUGGCAAAUUCAGAGAAAAAAUUUCAAGCUGGGCCAGAGUUCCCCAUUACCAGCUUCAACUAAUUUUGGCACUUCACUCAGACCAGGACAUCCCCAUCAUAAUGAACUUCUGCCUCCUUGUGUUAAUAACUUGUCUCCAAAUUCUGUAUUACCGAAUCAAGCAUCUAUAUCCACUGCAGUGUGUAGUAUCCCCUCACUCAGCUCCAUACCUCAAACCCAGGCCUCUCGGCUACCAACAACGCGUUUCCUCUCUGCCUCUUCACCAAAUUCCAGUGUUCAAAAUCAGGUCUUUAGGCCAAUUAACACCCCUAUAAUGUCCCCAGCCACCAACAUAACAAUGCCAAAUGGUGCAAACCAUGGUAUGCGUCGGGGAUCAAGACCUACUUUGGUGAGAAACAAAUACCAGCCUCACUCUGUACCAAGGCCAGCACUGGGUGUACGUAGUCACACCAUCCAAAGGGAGCGAGGAAAUGGUUCAAGCAGUUUAAGACCUAAGGUCCUUCGUCCUCAUAUGAUGUCCAGGGGUGUAGGCAGUGCUGGGAACACUUCGAUGGCAAAUAAUUCUCAUGGAUCAUCUGUCUUCGGCAAUGCUGGUAACAUGACACAACAACAUCUCAAUUAUUGUACCACAACAGGAAUGCCAAAUUACAGAAAUUGCAAUGGGCCAUCUGAUCUUUGUCACCCAACAAAUAUAUCAUUUUACUCACAGCAGAGCUCUCUACCAGCUAGCCUGAGUUGUGUUAACCAGCAUAAUGUGGCUGCUGAAACACAGGCAUAUAGCCAGCCAUUGCCCCAGUCAAAUAUCAUUCAGGGUUUCGAUCAAAAUUGUAUCCAAGUUAGUCGUGCUCCUUCAAGUUAUGUGGCACACCCAAAUAGCAGUCAGCAUGGAAAAGAGCCUCAAAUAAGAAGUCAAAAUGGAAAUGCCAGUGGAAAUACUACACAAUGUGGAACAGUAAGUCAAGAUACUUGCCAACCACAACCACAUGAAGAGUCACCAAGGGAAACUGCUGGAAAAUUUUCAGCAUUUGACUCAAGUUGGAUAGAUAAUACUGGUCAAAGCAUUCUACAAAGCUCAGGAUCUGUAGUGCAACCACCCAAUGUCAAGGAGAUUGAUGCUCAGUUUACUGGAAGCAAUGAACCUCUGAUUGAAAGCUCUCAAUUACCCAAUUCAAUGGUUGAUUUAGAUGACUGGGUUUUGGAAAAAAACCCUUUUCCAGUGUUAACAGAUGGGGUUUUACCAUCUGAUAUGAAUAUACCAUCUCCAGAUCUUUACUCAAUUGAUAUGAACAUGGGUUUAUGGUAAAUGAGUUUAAGGCGACUUUGCCAAUACCUAUAGUUCACAUUGCAAUCUUCAAUGGAAGUGUGCAGAAUUGGUUGACAGUUGAAUGAUGCUACAACGGAAGUGUUCAGCUCUGAGUAAUAUUUGACAGCUUUUAUUUUGAGGCUCAUCAACUUGUGUUUAGAGCUUAAUAUGUUAGAUGUUCCCUAAUCACUAAUCGCCGUAGUUGAUGCAUAAACAGCAUAGGCUAGGCUAGUUUUUUCUUAAUUUGGUUUGCAUGUAGUGAUGACAAGUCUUAGGGCAUUUGCCUAGCAUAUGUACCCAUGAGAGUAAUGGAUGCAAACACAAGAUCAAAGCGAGUAAAACUGUCAAUAAUUUAGAAGUGGUGUUCUAUGAUUCUAUCUCAGAUAUGUCUUUUCCUUUUCAAUUGUGUAGACCAUAACUGAUGUUUCUAUUUAUAUAAAGUUUGUUCAAGGGAAAGAAUAAUGCCGUUUAAAUGGAAA